UAAAAGUCAUGGAUAUAUCCAGGUCUGAAGACUCAUUUUCUGAAAGCGAUGGAAUGUAACAAUGCGUAUUGAGAAUACACCGCUCCACACUUUUGCAUGAAACUUUCAAACCGAGAGGCUGAAACCACCCAAACCGUCAUUCCACGUGACCAAAUAUCCAAUUCCAGGCCCAUCCCCACACGGUUUCAUAGAAAUCAGAUCCAUCUUUUAUUUUUCUAUACCAGGUUUUAAAUACCGCCAAACUACAUGAUCCCAUGCCGACCACCUGGGUCAUGAUCAGUUGUCGCAAUGAAUCCCUCUCUUCGACUUAGCAACCCCCUCCUCCCCCGGACGUCCAAUGCCGCAUCUGCCCUCCUCCGUUCUACCUCUCCCCGCACGACGAAAUUAGAUCGUUUCUAUGCAACUCAGAGUAAUAUCGGCGGAGGAUCCGGACCAAAGGCGACUCCGAAACGAAGGAAUGUCACUGUGUUGUCUGAUGAUGGCCGAUAUGAGUGGGCGGAGUUAAGCGGAAAAGAAAAGGUUGCGCGGGCUACGCAACAGUCGAUCAACUUUGCGGUUGUACUAGCUGGAGCUGUAUUGACGGGCGGUGUUUUCACUCUACUCUACCUCGAAGUCUUCUCUCCGAACAGCAAAACAUGGCAAUUCGAAAAGGCGGUUGAGCGCAUCCUUGAUGAUACGCGAUGCACGGAUCUACUGGGUGACCGGCGACAGAUCAAGGCAUAUGGAGAUAGUACCUGGAGCCGAUGGGCACGGAGCAGACCCAUUGCCACAUCUAUCGAAAAGGAUCGUGUCGGCCGUGAGCAUCUUAGGAUGAACUUUCACGUUGAAGGACCUCUUAACUCCGGAAUCGUGUUCGUGCACAUGAUCAAACCGAUCGGCAAGAGUGAAUGGGAAUAUCAACUUCUUGCAUUGGAUGUCAAGGGCCAUUCUCGCGUCACCCUUGAAAAAGCGUCAGAAAAGCCCGGAGUUGGAAGCGCAUUGAAACUUUUGGGCAUUCAAUGGCGGUAAACAGCUGCGCUAGUAUUCGCUAUCAUAGGUGCAGUAAACCACGCUGUCCUGUAAUUAUCGAGUCCUGUCAAAAAGCUACCCAUGUAUAGCUUUGCAGGACCACGUUGAAGCUGGAUCCUUUGAAGAUUCCCAGCCUUGCAUACUUGGGCAUUGAGCCACGCAGCAUAUGUGCCUGCCAAACUUUUUUGUACUAUAUUCGACGACUAUGAGGCAGUCGAGACAAUACGAGCUCUCUGCCUCACGUACGGGUAAAAAGCCCAUUGUCGUGACCGAAUUGGGUGGCCAGUACCACUCCUUUGAGACUUAAGCAAGUCACUCGAUGUUGUAUUAUAGAAUGACCAUGAAGCAUCAAAUGUCAAUAUCUAGGAUAUAAAAAAACCAGUA